AUGAAUUUUGGGUACGAUGAGCACGGCAACCGGCUGGAGUCUGACGACAGCAGCAGCAGCAGUGGCUACGACGGCAGCGAGAAGGUGGCUGUCUCCGUAAGCGAUGACGAUGCCUGGCAGCGGGCGGAGAGCGGCAGUAGCGAUGAGGAGGACGAAGGCUUUCCGCAGCAGCAUCGUCGGGGGUCAACUGAUGGUGCAAGAAGCGAUUCAAACAGUGACUUUAGUGACGACGUUGAGCUCAUUAUUGGGGAGGCGGCAAAUCAAUCCAUCGCUGAGCCUCUGGUAGAAGCGAAAGACGUCGUUUCCCGCCCCCGGGCGGAGGGGGCACAUGGUAAGUUUCUCGUCGAGGACCGGCGUGUGGCACCGCUUCUUAUUCAGGAUGCUCACGCGGCACCGUUGUCUGAGCGUGACUUUUUAGAUCUUUUGCGCGGCAUCCCUUCACGCCAACGCAACGUGGCUAUCAUUGGUCACUUGCACCAUGGCAAGACGUCGCUGCUCACCACACUGCUCGGGGGUCGUGCGUACCGCCAGCGUGAAGACGAGGUGGACCGAAAAAUUUCUGUGAAGAGCAGCGUUGUGACGGAAAUGGUGUCAGGAGCACACUACCAGCAGGCGUAUCACCUUGUCAGCUUCUGUGACACCCCCGGCCAUCCCGACUUCGCGGCGGAGAUGGCGGCAGCCCUGCGCCUUGCAGACGCCGCCAUAUUUUGCGUUGACGCCGUUGAGUCCGUCACACGCAACGCUGUCAGGCUCUUGCGGCAGGCGGUGCUGCAGGAGAAUCUACCGGUUAUUCUUGUCAUCACGAAGGUUGAUCGCCUCAUCAUGGACCUCAAGCUGCCGCCGUUGGACGCCUAUCGUAAGCUGCGGAUGGUGGUGGACGCCGUCAACAACGAGAUCGCUGGGUUUGGUUCUUCGCUCCUCGUUUCCCCAACGAACGGCACCGUUCUUUUUACCUCAUCAAAGCUGGGCUUCUGCUUCACGACGGAGACCUUCGCGCUGAAGUAUAGCCGCGAGUACCCUUCUGUUGAUCCAGCCGCGCUGUCGCAGCAGCUCUGGGGACAGGUUGCUUUCGAGAAGGGCCGAUUCGUGAAGAUCACCAACUUUACUCAGAAACCUGCCUUCGUCACGCUUGUUCUUGAGCCGAUUUACAAAAUUGUUGCCCACGCAUUGACAGGCAAGGGGCACGAAGUUCUUAGCACCAGUUUGCACCCGCGCCCACGGGACCCUGUCGCUGCGACACGAGAGGCCAUCAAGCUCUUCUGCGGCGACGCAGGGUUAGAAGGCGUUGACGCGCUUCUCAAUGUGGUGCCACAAACCGAUGCACGCUCGCAAUGGCUUCGAGUGCACUAUGGCCUCACGUGUGAGGUGGAAAAUUCGGUGAUUGCCAUUGCGCCGCUACUGCGUUCGCAAAAAAACGGAGAAGAAAAUUUUGCAGUCGUUCGUGUGCUACAUGGUGUUUUAAAGAGAGGUAUGCAAUUAGUCGUGGUGGAUGAACACUCCAGCGACGCUGAGCCGUUCUAUACAUUUGUCGUGAAGGAGCUGCUGCUGAAGAUGUUAAAUGGGCUUGUGGACAUCGAUUGUGCCCGUGCGGGUCAGGUGGUUCUUCUUACUGGUUUUGGUACACGACCUGGGAGUCAUCUUGUGCUGGUUGGGGGCGCCAUCGCUGCUCCUCUGCUGCGGGAAGAUGACGCUGGUGGUUUGGGAGACACCGCGUCCGGGGCAUGGAUUGAUGAGGUGCGGGUGUAUCCUCUCAAGUGCGGGGAACCGAUGGUGCACGUUGGGGUGGAGCUUAAGGACCCUACGAAGAGUGCACAGCUGCAGCGUGGACUGCAGAUUCUUGUACGCACAACCCCCGGGCUUGAUGCCCACAAGGAAGAAACAGGCGAGUUCACUCUCACUGGGUAUGGGGAGUUGCAUCUUGACACCGCCCUGCACGAACUACGCUGUGGCCUCUGCAAGGGCGUAAAACUUGGAAUAUCACAGCCGUUUGUCUCCUUUUCGGAGACUGUGCUGGAGCAGAAUGGCGUGCUGGCCGUGAGCGGCUCCAAGCGGGCACAGAUUGGCUGCACGAGUGGUUCCAUGAACCGCCACCUGGUCGAUCUCGUGGAGUACGAGCAGAUCGACCUCUUCCCCCGCGAGAGUAGUGGUGUUGUCAAACUCUGGACGACGCUGCGACGAUGCGACAUGGAUGCCCUGGACGCCCAACAUAUUGUUGCGGCGGGGCCCCACACGACGAAGGGCCCAAGUCUGUUCAUUAACGACACAAUUGAGGAGGAGCAGCAGCAGUUUGCGCCGCUAACGCAGCAGCGUUUGCAGGCCAUGACCGUUGGGUUUCGCUCUGCUGUGGCGUCUGGUCCACUCACUGGCGAUGUGGUCCGUGGCGCUGCGGUGCGACUCGUCUUGGCUGACGUGGAGGCGGAGAUGAAGGAUGCGGCGGUUAUUUCCAUUGCGCGGACGACGGUGAAGCAGGCACUACUUGGUGGGCAGCCACGUCUCCUUGAGCCCGUGCUCGCCGUGGACAUUACGUGCCCCCCCGAAUGCGUCGGGAAAUUAUUGGAGAUUCUGCAGAUGCGGCGGGGAAGUAUUUUGUCGGAGGAGCCGAUUGCUGCCACAACGCUUGUGUAUGUCCGGGCGCUGGUGCCUGCAAUGGACAGCUUUGGCCUGGAGACGCAAAUGCGCAUGUCGACCCAAGGUGAGGCGUUUCCGCUCUUCAGCUUUGACCGCUGGGAUCUGGUGCCCGGCGACCCCUUCGACACGACUAUUCACAUCCCGCCACUUCAGCCAGCACGCGGCUAUCAGCUGGCGCGGGACUUUACGCUCAAGACACGAUUUCGAAAAGGCCUGCCACCACUUCUUGCGGAGUUUCAGGCGUGA